GCAGCGUGAAGAGUUCAAACGCGGGAAGAUGACUCUGUAGACACACACAAACGCAGUGUGGUUCCAUAAACAAUAGAACAGAAAGGCCAAAAAUACCAUACAAAAAUCAUACGCUGCGCAUCCUAGAGACCCGACCUUGCAACACACUGAACUCCCAUUGAAGAACUCAAGACAUCAUGCAGGAUCCAACCCCAGAUUCUGAGCGUUCCCAUCUCUCCUCGUUCACUAUGAAGUUGAAGGGCAAGUUUCAUUCCCCAAAAAUAAAGAGAACCCCUUCAAAGAAAGGAAAGCAAGCUGACCUGACAGUGAAAACACCAGAGAAGUCAGCGAACAAAAAUGUAUCAUGGCUAGAGGAGAAGGAGAAGGAGGUUGUCAGUGCAUUGCGCUACUUUAAGACUAUUGUGGACAAAAUGGCAAUUGAUAAGAAAGUAUUAGAGAUGCUACCAGGCUCAGCAAGUAAAGUACUGGAAGCCAUCCUACCCUUGGUGCAAACCGAUCCACGCAUCCAGCAAAGUUCUGCCAUCUCGUCCUGCUAUAGCCGUGUGUACCAGAGUCUGGCCAACCUCAUUCGCUGGUCUGAUCAAGUGAUGCUGGAGGGUGUGAAUUCAGAAGACAAGGAGAUGGUGACAACGGUGAAGGGUGUCAUAAAAGCUGUUCUGGAUGGAGUCAAGGAACUGGUCAGACUCACGAUUGAAAAGCAGGAGCAUCCGUCUCCCACAAGCCCAGUUAAACCCAGUUUACCAGCAUGUAAAUCUGACAGCCCAUCAGAACUUCCCCUUACAGACCGAGAAAUGGAGAUCCUCAAUAAAACAACUAAUAUGACUCAAUCCAAUGAGCUACUGACUGACUCCAUGGAUGAAGAAGUUGCACCUCCUAAACCCCCUCUGCCUAGCAUUCGUGUGGCAGAAAACAGCCCUCCACCAGCAUUGCCCCCUAAAAAACGGCAGUCGGCACCUUCCCCAACCAGAGUGGCAGUUGUGGCCCCCAUGAGUCGAGCCACCAGUGGGUCCAGUUUACCUGUUGGAAUCAACAGACAGGAUUUUGAUGCUGACUGCUAUGCCCAGAGAAGGUUGUCGGGUGGAAGCCACUCCUAUGGGGGGGAAUCCCCUCGACUCUCACCAUGCAGUAGCAUCGGCAAACUCAGCAAGUCUGAUGAGCAACUCUCUUCUCUAGACCGUGACAGUGGUCAGUGCUCCCGCAACACAAGCUGUGAAACAUUAGAUCACUAUGAUCCGGACUAUGAAUUCCUGCAGCAGGACCUCUCCAACGCUGAUCAGAUACCUCAGCAGGUGCCAGGUAUCCUCAGCCCCCUGCCAGAGUCCUUGGGUGAGUCUGGCUCCCCUUUCCAUGGACAUGUUUUCCAGCUCCCGCAGGGCAGCUCUCCUCCACUGGAAUUCUGCAGCCUCUCAGGAGCAGCACAGCCAACAGAGACUCCUCCAGCUUUACCAGAAAAGAAGAGGAGGAGCGCAGCCUCUCAGACUUCAGAUAACUCAGGCUGCAGGGUGUCCUAUGAGAGGCACCCUUCCCAAUACGAUAACAUCUCGGAGGAUGACAUACAGAAUGCAGCGUCUGUCCCAUCAGUACCCUUCACGCCAUUUGCUGCUGUUUUGCCUUUCCAGCAAGGAAACUCUUCAGCACCGGUUGAAUUCAUUGCUGACUUUGCUGCUCCAGAUUCUAACAGUGACCCAGAAAAGCCACCACCUCUGCCAGAGAAGAAAAACAAACACAUGAUGGCGUAUAUGCAGUUUGUAGAAGACUACUCAGAGCCACAGCCAUCCAUGUUCUACCAGACCCCUCAGAACGAGCACAUCUACCAGCAGAAGAACAAGCACCUCAUGGAAGUCUAUGGGUUCAAUGACUCCUUUAUCAACUUAGACCUCCCUCAAGAUCUGGCACCUCCUCCUGCUCUCCCACCGAAACAGCGGCAGCUGCAGGCCUCCUAUGCUGCCUCUUCUUUCCCUUCUGUCUCCUACUGUGUCCAGCAAACUAAAGUGCCCUUCACCCCCGAGGACACCGGUGCCACUCAGGGCCUCACUAUGUCAGUCUCUAACUCCUUUCUCAACCGGCACAGCUCCUUUCCUGUGCAUUCG